UCAGUUGCUUUGCUAACCAGCCCAGCUGCUCACCUCACCGUUCGUCUGCGCUACGGUGCGAGUUGCGUGUCCCUGUGUGUGUGCGUGUCAAGCACAUCAUCAACACGCCAUCCAGCCAGCCCAGAGCAAGUAGAUAGGUGAAGAGCAGUGAAGUGAAGGGAAGCAAUCAGCCCGCAGUGUAGUUGGUGUGGAGAUUGGUUGAAGUGAGUGAAGCCGAAGUUCAGUUUUUUUGCCCCUGCGGAAGAAUCCACAUCACAAUCGAUCCGCUCUCCGUCAAUCCUGUCUGUGGUGCUCCUCCAUGUUGUUGGCAGUGCUUAGCAACAUAAAGAAAAUCGAUAAGCAACCUUGAAAACAGAGCCUACUACUGCGGAGUUGCGUGUGAUCUCAUUCGUGCGGGAAGCAAAACAAAUUCGCCAUUUCGAAGGCUUCGGAAAGUGUCCCUCCAUCGUUCGCUCGCGCAUUAACUACGGAAUAACGCCAUUUCCGUUUGAAGUUUAUCUUUGUGACCUGGUGAAAGUGCUCGCAAAAUGUGUAAAACGCCACUGAUUGCAGACGUAGAAGUAUCUGCCCACGGAAUCGUCAGUGAAAAGACUGCGUUUACGUCAUACUUCUGGGCUCUUAUCAGUCGCUGAAUGGCCGCUGACAGCAGCUGCUAUCCGGAAACAAAUCCAAACCCGCGAAGUGUUUCACCGUGACCGUCGUUGUCAGUCCGCCACGAACUGUCCACCUGCUUGACCCAUCCGUCGAACCGGAGGGCAGGUCAUCGUGUUCGCUUUCAGUUGGAUUUUUUCCUCUUCCUGUAUAUAAUGUACAUAGGCGAGCCGAAAACUAUUUUCCUUUUCAAUCAAUAAUACAAGAAGAUUGCAUCCGCAAAAAAAAAGAAUAAACAAAGGAUAAAUCACGAGCGGAGGACACCCGUUGCUUCGUUGGAAAUUGUCUAAUAAUAAUAGUAAUAAAUUCAAAACCCACAUCAACACAAAUCACGCACACCGAGAGCAUCACAUCACGAAAUCACCAGUUCAUCCAGUCGGACAAAGGUGGAGCAAGAGUAAACCACCCAAUCGCACAAGUCAAAUCUACAGCGCAGCAUAUUUACCAGAAGAACACUGAACGAGCAUCUCUGUAGUCUAGUCGUGCUUGUAACGGGGCAGCAGCGAGAGUAACGAAGAAACCAGUGACCGGACCGGACCAGACCAGACAUAUUCGCACCCGUCUUGCCGACCCGUUAGAACAUACGGCAAAAUUGCGCCAAACGAUAAGCAGCAACAGCAGACCAAACCGUCAAAGUCGCCUUCGUCGUCGCCACCAGGAGAGAUGGCAUCGGCCCUGAAAGCUCCCACGGCACCGGCCGGUGCCGGUGGUGGCAAACUGAGUUGGAUGUCCCACGUCAAAUACGAACAUCUGAUGGCCGGAGUUUCCGGCGGUGUGACCUCCACACUGUUACUGCACCCGUUGGAUCUGAUCAAAAUUCGCUUUGCAGUAAACGAUGGCAGAACAGCAACACUGCCUCAGUACCGAGGUCUGACCGGAGCGUUUCUCACCAUUUUCCGGCAGGAAGGCUUCCGAGGUCUCUACAAAGGAGUCACACCGAACAUCUGGGGCUCGGGAAGCGCAUGGGGAUUCUAUUUUCUUUUCUACAAUUCCAUCAAGACGUGGAUCCAGGAUGGCAACACGGCCCAACCCUUGGGACCGGGAAUGCACAUGCUAGCGGCUGCUGAAGCUGGCGUCCUAACCCUAGUGAUGACCAAUCCGAUCUGGGUGGUAAAGACGCGGCUGUGUUUGCAGUUAAACGGACCCGGCCAACAGGGCUAUGCCGGUAUGGUGGAUGGACUGAAGAAAAUCUAUAGAACCGAAGGCAUCCGGGGGUUGUACAGUGGAUUCGUACCCGGAAUGUUGGGAGUGUCACACGGAGCACUUCAAUUCAUGACGUACGAAGAGAUGAAGAACCGCUACAAUCAGAAACGGAAGCGGCCAAUUGAUGCUAAGCUGACCACCGUAGAGUAUUUAACGUUUGCCGCCAUCUCGAAGCUAAUUGCUGCUGCAGCCACCUAUCCAUACCAGGUGGUGCGGGCCCGAUUGCAGGACAACAAUCAUAAGUAUAAGGGCACCUGGGACUGCAUCAAGCUGACUUGGAGAUUUGAAUCGUGGCGUGGCUUCUAUAAAGGGCUCGGUCCGAACUUGUUGCGCGUAAUGCCGGCGACGAUGAUUACAUUCGUUACCUACGAGAACGUGUCGCGCUAUCUGUUGGCCUUCAGAAAGUCGUAGAUUAGAGAGUAGACGACUUCUUAUCUAUAGUGUUACGUUAAAGCUAUGAUAGGUACGAGUUAGUAAGGCAGACAAAACGUAAUUGCCCAAGUUUCUAGUUUAAAUGUCAUUGCUCGAUCGUUUCGCAAUUGGUCGAAACGAUUGCUUCCAGCACUGCAGUGACAAUCCCACAUCUGGACUGCAUUGAGAAAGGGGAAGCUUUUGAAAAGCGGAUCCUUUCCACUGGACGAAGCCAAAAUUAUUGAGUAAGAAAUCAGUUUGCCAUAGGUAAUAGCAAUGCGAUUAUACGGCGGUUAACGGCAUUGAAUGCCACAUUUAGUUUUGUUUGGUUUGUUCCUAUAAUAGUAGAAAAAUAGGUUUAGGUGAUAAUCCACCCCAGUGGAAUGAUAUGGAUUAGCUCCUGGAGCGUCUCGGUUCGAGACAAGGUGCAAACUAGGAUUGUCAAUCCGAUUUAAAUGAACAGUUUUAUUGCUCUAGUACACGCCAGUUUUCAUUACAAACAA